AUGAUCCUGCGACACCUCCACCUGCCCGGCAUAGUAACAUACAAUCACGCCUCCAAGCUCCAAGACAUCAUCGUCAAAAAGCUGCUCGCCCACAAAGCAAAUCCUCAAACCGUUCACGCUCCCGACCCGACCAUAAUCACCGCCCAAUUCCAUCCAGUCUACACUUGCGGACGCCGCGAAGUCGGAACCGUGAGCCCAGAGCAAAAGAAAUACUUAGAAGAACCCACCAAAUACGGCCAAGCAGAAUUCAUCGAAUCCCUAAGAGGCGGUCAAACAACUUUUCACGGACCAGGACAAUUAAUUGCAUACCCAAUCCUCGAUCUCAAACGCCACAGUCUGACCCCUCGAUCAUAUGUCUGCCUCUUAGAAAAGAGCGUAAUUGCUACAUGUGCGCAUUAUGGUGUGAAAGCUAUGAGUACAGAAAAUCCUGGAGUCUGGACGGAUGAGGAUCAUAAGAUUUGUGCGUUGGGAGUGCAUUUGAGACGGAAUAUUACGAGUCAUGGGAUUGGAUUUAAUGUUGAUACGGAACUGGGAUGGUUUGAGAAGAUUGUUGGGUGUGGCUUGGAGGGGAAGAAGGCUACGAGUUUGAGAGCACAGGGCGUGAGAGAUGAUGUGGAUGUGGAGAGUGUUGCAGGUGUUUUGGUGAGGAAGAUUUGGGAGGGAUUGGAGGGUGUGGAGGCUAGUAUCAGGAUACCGGAGCAGAGUGUGAAGUGA